AUGCUCGCUGCGUCCCUGGCGAACGGCGACGUUACCAGAGUGAUUGCUGAGUCACAUAUCGUCGACGAUCUCUUCGAGACAAGGUGUACUUUUGUGACUCUCCGUUAAAAGUUAUUUUAUUGUUACGUAUCUGUUAAAACUCCUCGUCAGCAGAUAAUCGUGUCGUGGAUAAUAACAAAAUGGUUUAAUUGUGUGAAAUAUUUAUCGACGAUUCGUCGAUCUCAAGGUUAAAAAGGAGGUCUAAAAAAAAAGAGAGAAACAUUCUCGAAAACCCGGUAUAGUAGUCGAUGACCUGUCAUCCUACCUGUAUCUCAACGUAUUUUUAUUAUCUUUAACUGUCCUUUACUCGUACCGUUCACUCAUGCGUAUGUGUAUAUGUAUAUGUAUAUAUGUAUAUAUAUAUGUAGGCAUCCUUUUUUUCAUUGCCUAUCGUACCGCAAUAAAAAAAGAUACACAAGGGCAAACUGUCAAGCAUCGAAAAUCCUUGAAUUUUCGUGGACGAGAGUAAAGGCGCGCGUGGGAUGUGCGCGAACCGUGCGAAAGUUUGACGGGAGAGAGUGCAUGUUUUGAGGUUAUUUCUGUAUCGGUCGCCCGUGUAACUGACCUACUACACCCAUCGAAGGCUAACUCAAAACCUUUAUUUUGCUUCUGACAGUCGUCUCGACAAGACGAUCUUCUAACAAUCAUCUUCGAAGAUCAAGUAGCAAGAUCAGUAUUGGAAUUUUUCGCUCGAGUGAACACCAACAUCGUCCACGGUACUACUUAACCUCAAAGUGACACUUAAACAACAAAUUCCGAGAAACGAAAUCGAGUGAUAAGGAUUAAAUAUACGUCGUACGUUUUUACUAACUUUGUCGAUUAUUCUUGACGCAAUAUCGACAUUUUCUUAAGGAUAGUAAGGACGCUUUACGCGCCAUUGAUCCAUGAUCAACAUGCCAAAAUUGUGGCAGGUAUCUGAAAGCAAAAAGAAGCAACUGUGACGACACGUGAACGAAUACAGAACUUUCUAUAGUUUAAGUAUUUCUAGUGAAAGGAUUAGAACUCGGUGUGCAAGAUGUUGUGUCUUAAGAAAUUGUAUCGAGAGGAGCUGUUGCAGCUGGCGCUGUUACUCUCCCUCUUAAGAGUAGAUCCAGAGUCUUACUUUGGCUUGGAUAUCCAAGCUAUGGGUGUAGGCUCUUUGGAUCUUCAUAAUGGAUCUGGAUGGCACACAGACGCUCAUACCAUCGUACAUCGUCCAAUGUUUGUACAUCCUAAAAAUUUGGACUCGAUGCUUUUAAGCUAUGAAAGAGAUCUCUUUGAAGAAUUAAAUUCUCUGGGAAGGUACAAUAGAUUGAAUUCAGGUUCUAACGAUAUCCAUGCAUACUUACUCAAUGUAGAGAAUACUGGUAAAAAUGCUGCUGUUGCUGGAUCCAGUUUACCUGUUUCUAAUGAAACAACAAGAAAUAUGACAUCUCCAGAUUCUCCUAGUUCUUCUCAACAACCUGCAGAACCUGUUGGCGCAGCAGAACUUACUCAAGAGGACAUGGAUCUGAUCGAAGUACUUUGGAAACAGGAUGUGGAUUUAGGUUUUACAUUAGUCGAACCAACGAGUACAACCUGUAAAAAAAAAGUCGCUACUACGUCCGAUAAAGAAACCGAGGAUGAGAUCGAAAAGCUCAAAGCUCUGGAAGCCAUCAAUGCCACCAAUCAAAAGGAGGACACCGAGGAGACUGAGACUGAGGUAAAGCAACAGAAGGAGAACAAUCCUUGGGCAGGACGUGAUUACACCGUGGAUCUCGAAACUGGUGAAUAUAUUCUCAGUUCCUGCAGUCAGAAAGGAAAUAGCGACGGGGAGGACGACGAUCAUCUACUAAGAGAAGAAUCCUUUAACUUGAACCAUCAUCCAUUGGCCGGCUUAUCCGAUGAUUCUUUAGGUCUUAGCGAAACCUUGGGACUUGAAGAUGAUUUCACGUCGGAAUUACUCAGUGAUAGUCUUUUAGGAAGUGCCGUCGUAGAGGAUCUUCUUGGUGACAACGAUCUCGGCCUACCCGACGGAUUCAAUCUCGAGGAGGCGCUUCAACUCGUUGGCCUCGAUGAGGCUCAGCCAGAGGAAACGAAAUCCGAAUUGAAGAAGAAAAAGGAGGGAAAGGAGAUAAAGAAGGAGAAAGAAGAAGAGAAGGACGAGGAGGAGGAGGACGAGGACGAGGAGGAGGAGGAGGAGGAGGAGGAGGAGGAAGGAAAAGAAGAAGAGGAAGAAGACGGAGCGAAGGAAUUUACGAGCGCGAAGGGUGACGUUGCUGUCAACGGCUCGAGUAACGUCGAGGUCGCGAAGUCAUCCAGGUGCGAGGAUCCCGAGAUCGGCGACAUGAUUCACACACCGCAAUUUCAUCAUCCCCAUCAUCCUCACCACCGCUCGUUCCAGGGCCGCAUGCCAUUCGUGCGUGCAAUGAGCAUGGAGCAACGGUGGCAGGAUUUGGCAUCAUUAUUAUCUCUUCCCGGUGCUCCGGAUCAUUUUGCGCAUCCAUCGCAUCCUGGAUACCCAGGACACGGUAUAAGUCAUAGCCAUUACGAAGCACAACGUAAUGUUCUACUUCACAAUGCCACUUUGGCACCACCAGUUGGGGAUCUUAACUCGACGGGUCCUUAUCAUAAUGUAGGUGGCUCGUCGAAUCUUGGAUCAGCCGUUGCUACUUCGAUGAAUUUAACUAACAGUAGCGAACCAAUGGGCGCAGAAAGUGGUGCUGCUUACAAAUCUGAGCCUAGCGAUAUGAUGUAUUAUCAUGCACCAACGUCAGACUCGAUAAAUCAAACCACUGAAGGUUUUCUUUCUUCUCUUCUCAAUGAUGAGGAUUUACAUCUAAUGGAUAUGGCUAUGAAUGACGGCAUGUACACCAUGCGCAUGCUGGACAAUGGUAGCAAUAACGCAUCUGGGCCAACCGGAGCGGCUGCAUUGCCAGGAGUCCAAACAGCCGGUGGUACCACGUCAACAACGACGGCCCUGACGAGUGUGACGAGUUUACCUGCUGUCACAGACGAGAGGAUGGACGCCUCUAGCGACAGUGCCGUCAGUAGCAUGGGCAGUGAGCGUGUGCCAUCCCUCUCGGAUGGGGAGUGGAUGGAAACUGGAUCUAAUUCCAGUCACACGCAAGCUGAUUCACAUUACACCAUGGAUUAUGCUAGUAAAUACCGAAUGCCUUACGACUGCAGUUAUUCCGUUUCCGGAAGAAACGCUGGUUCACCAAGAUGUCAACCGGAAAGGACUGUACCGCCGGUUGCACAGAAAAAACAUCAAAUGUUCGCCAAACGAUAUUUCCAAGAGCAAAGCACCGGAUCACCUUUGGGAGGAACGGCGCAUCCAACCACCCCUAUGAAAUACGAGUAUGACUCGCAUACGGUCGGUGCUGGUGCACCAGGCAACGCUUAUUCAGGCCCGAUAGAAGGUGCAGCCGGUCCACAGUCUGAAAUUAAAUAUAGUUGCAGUGUCGACUUUACCCGUCAUCAAUCUGGGCGAUCAGCCAUCGAGCACGUUCAUCAUAAUCAUACUUAUCAUUUGCCCGCUGAAAGUUCAGGAUCUCUUCAACGUCCCCUUUCUCGUGAUAAGAAAGUACGAAAGAACGAGAGCGAGGAACAUUUGACACGGGAUGAGAAACGUGCGAGAGCGUUAAAUGUGCCGAUCCCAGUGAACGACAUAAUCAAUUUACCUAUGGACGAAUUUAACGAACGUUUAAGCAAAUACGAUCUCAGCGAGGCACAAUUAUCUCUGAUACGUGAUAUUAGGAGGCGAGGAAAGAAUAAAGUGGCAGCACAGAAUUGUCGCAAACGUAAACUCGAUCAAAUCAUCAGUCUUGCCGACGAAGUAAAAGAGAUGCGCGAUCGUAAAAUGAGACUCAUUCGGGAGCAUGAUUUUAUGCUUCUUGAAAGGCAACGCGUUAAAGACAAGUUCAGUCAACUUUAUCGCCACGUUUUCCAGUCUCUUCGAGAUCCCGAUGGUAAUCAAUAUCAUCCAUACGAAUACAGUCUUCAACAAUCUGCCGAUGGCAAUGUCUUGCUUGUACCGAGAAAUCAAACAAAUCCUCAUCAUCCUUCAUCAAUGGAACCGAAGACAAAACCAGAUCCUGAACACAAGGAAUGAAACUGUUAAAGGAUCGUAUUAUAAAAACGAUUGAUUAUUCAGAAAAUAUCGCUAUCGUUGUAAUAGCGAAUAAGUCCAUAAGGACGAUUACAAUGUUAACGAUGAUGUUGACUUUACGAGCUUUGUGUUAAAGCCAGAGAAAUAUAUUUGCGAUACAAUCCUUUUGUCGAAUGGACUUCAUGACUUCGCAUUUGACAUACUUUGCACGCUAUUCGAUUGAACAACGAAUUUGCCAAAAAUCGCGUAUUAAACUUAUCGAAAGAGCUACGUAAUAUUAUAUAUACAUAUACAUAUACAUAUAUAUAUAUAUAUAUGUGUGUAUGUAUAUAUGUACGUUUAUCGUGUACAUAUUUAUCAAAAUAUUGAGAAUUUUGGAUAGGGAAAGAAAAAGAAAUGAUCUACGAUUUAGGUCAUAUAAUGACCAAAAAUGAUGGUAAAAUUGCAGACGUAAUAUAUAUAUAUAUAUAUAUAUAUAUAUAUAUAUAUAUAUAUAUGUUAUUCACAUUGAAUGUAUCUUAUCAGUGAAACUUACGUCAAAUAUUAUAUGUAUAUGUAUUAUGUAUAUUCUUUUUUUUCAAAGAGCGAAGUUUCGAACAUGAAAGUUCUAUAAUCGAAGACCGAUGUUUCUCAUGUAAUGUCUUCAACAGAUUUGGAGAACUUAUAUAAAAACGGUAUAAAAUAAGAAUAUUUGUGUACCUUCUUUUGUUGCAGCGAUUUUACCAGUAUGGUUGUUUACGAAAGACGUUUACGUGUUCACUUCAACUACCUCCAUAACUUUGUAUGCUAAAUUAUCACCCUGGAUUUGCAUAUUGUUAAAACGAAUAAAACCAAGCACGAUGGUAAAGUGUCCUAAGAACAGAAAAAAGUAAAAUGAACUUGCACAACGGACGACAGACUUAAACGAUGAUUACUUUUGGACUUGGUUCUUUUUUUUGUUUUGUAUUGUUCUUUUUUUUUUUUUUUUUUAUUUUUUUCCUUUUUUUAUAUUAUUUUUGGCAAAGUUUAAAAGUGCUCAGCUUUAAUCGUAAAAUUAUAGAUGAGAAUCGCCACGAUCAAAUAAGUGCGCAAUUGAUCUCUUAUUCCAGUACUCUUCUUCCUGCUUUUUAUGCUUAGGAUACAUACAUUAGUUAACUUUACCAAGUGCAAGUACGCACUGUUGUACUUCUUUCACAAUAAGUGAUUAUGCUGUCUUUUAAUUCCUUUGUCCUUAAAAACAAAGGUUUAUUACAUUUCGAUAUGAUUGUAUUUAUCUAUGAAUAUUAUAUAUACAUAUAUAACGAUUUUGUCGAAAUGUGUGAUUAGUUAAUGCAAGCCAUCGAUUAUGACUGCAAUUUAAUAAAAUGCAUAGAAAGGCCAAAAUUUAUGCGUUGUUCGCAUGAUUUAUCAUCAGAUAUGCAUAAAUUCGGAAUGAAAAGUAAUUUUUUUUCUUUCUUUUUUUUUUAUUUUUUUUUUUUUUUAAUCGAUGUAGUAAAUAAAUAUGCGAAUAUAAGCGUGGACUAUGAAACUAAAAUUCUUUUAAGUCAAGGUUAUGCACCAUCUGAGGAUUCAAAGAAAUCAAAAUUCAGAGAUUAUGCUCUGAAAGAUGAUUGAAAUGCAAAGUUAUAUCUGCAUUUAAAUGGGAAUAAAGUAAGCAAAAUAUUGGGUGAUAAAAGGCAAAUGAUCGAAACAUUGCUCAAGUAUUGCAAAGUUAUACAAUUUGAUCUGUAAAAUGUAUUGAUUUUCACACAUAAUAAUGUCGCUUUCAGAAAUGUUUUUAAAUCAUUCAGAUAAUAUGUGUGAUAUAAUCUAAAUACGAUAUAAGAAAUGAUACAAUUUUUGUGAGUACAUCAAGGACGAUAUAUUGUAAUGCUACAAUAUCGAGUAUUCAUUAAAAUACGAACAAACAAUAAAUACAGAUAUUUUUAUAAAAUAAGAGGUGAGAAAUGUUCGAGUAUUUCACAUUUGCCUUUUUAUGUAUAUAUUGAUGUAGUUAGUAUAAUUUUCUAUAAAUACUAUAAAUAUAAAUAAGACAUAUAUAUGUAUUUAUGUAUAUGCUUACUUGUAUAUAUAAAUACAUAUACAAGAAAAGUAAUAACUGAAUAUAUAUUGUAACAUUAAACAACAAAAGAAAAUCCAGUUUAUGUCGAUAAUUAAUAAUAAUAAUUAUAAUAAUAAUAAUCAGUCCUUUAUUAACAUUUACAUGCACGAUUAUAUUCAUACUACUGGGUGUAGGAUGCCUUUUGCUGUACCGUACUUUGCAAGCAGAGAUUUUACCAUUGAAAUUCUUAUGUAAACUAUAUACACAAAUGCUCUGCUUUGCUAUUGUAUAAAUAAACCAGAUUUGUACGGAAUUGCAUAAAUACAUUCAAGAUCUCCAUUUGUCAUUAAAUUUCUAUAUUGUAUAAAUAAAUUGAAUAAAUCACUGGGGAAAGUA